CUGGGGUGCGCGUGUGGAGUUAACAGUAGACUUACUUUGAAAUAAGCCCCAAGCUACUCCCAAGGAAAGUCCUCUAAGUCCGACCAGGGCCUUCCAAGUUCUGACGUGGCGCCAGGCCCCCCGCCAGGUGAUGUCCGGCUCGCCUUGGCCGCGGGGCCAGAGGGAAGGUGCUCGGGUGGGAAACAACUAAGCCACCUGGGCCGGGACCGAUGAUGGGGGUGGGGCCUAGCCAUGACGGACUGAGUGGGUGUCCACGGGGCUUCGUGACACCGAGGGGACAGUGGAGGCGUCAGGCCGGGAAGCCUUCCAAACUCCCAACGACUGCCGAUGGGUUUAGAACGCAGGGCUGCCCGGCCGGCCGCCCGCCCCGUCCUUGGUUCCAGUAAGCGGCCCGAGACCACAGGCAGGCACCCUCAGCAGGUUUUCUCGCCUGUUCGGGGAACGUGGUUCAGCCAAGACGAGCGCAAAGGCGCGAUGCUCUCGGGAACUCGCUCCACCGUGGGCCGCCUGGGACCCAGCCUCUGGAACUCUCAGUCCUUUCCAGAGGUGGGCGAGAACUUGGCGAAGCUGGGCCGUCUGGAGUUUAGGGUGAAGAUUUUGGGGGGCGUGGUCUGGACUUUCCAGGUGCACUUCUCAUUCUGGGGUGUGUGUGUGUGUGUGGUAGCGGGUAGUGGUGGUGGUGCUGGAGGAACUGCGGGCGCCGGUGUGGAGCGCACGCUCGAGAGUUUCGGUGCAGAGGGUCGCUGCGGGACCUGGAGCGGGGGACCUGCCCAGGUCCCCGGUCGCAUCCCUGGCCUCGGGACGCGCGGCGAUGCGGAAGGGGCAGGCUCGGGGGCUGGCUCGGGGGGGAUGCAGAGCCGGCGCCGCAGGUUUCGGUUGAGGCCCACGCGGUGGCGCUGUCGGGGAGAGGUCGCCUCGGUCGCGGCCGGGACCCGGGCGGUGACGGCGCUCCAGCUUGACGCGCGACCCUGCCGACCCGCAGAGGCCUAAGGAGUUUUCCACCUCCACUCUAGGUCCCCUGUGCCUCGGCCUUCGCGCCGCGCGCUUCCCGAAGGAAAAGGCUGCGGGUAGAGGGCGCGAUCGCGGGCCCCAACUCCUGAAGCCCGGGGCGGGGGCGGGGAGACCAAGCAGCGGCGUCUCCCCGGGGCUGUGUCUUUUCUUUCCCACUUGGCCUUGUUCCUCCCGUCCUGCACAGCCGAGCUCUAGAAACAAUUUAGACUAGCGGAGCCUUCCCUUCUCCCGCGGCGGCGGCUACAGGAGGUGCACCUAGAACUCCCUGGGCUCUUGAACAAGGAUGCCUGCCCCGGGAACUCCGGGGAACGCAGCCCGAGCCUCUCGGCAAGCGCUCACGGUCGGCAGGCCCUCAGCCAUGCGGGGGCCGGCUACCCGCAUCUCCCACCACGACUGUCCCAGCUGUGAAACCUAUCGGCUCACUUUCCUCGCCCAGGGCGGGCGGUGCGCAGCCCCCUAUCCCAGUGCAGGAAGCUCAGGACCCACCUUUGCGCCUCCCUCUCCACCCACUAGGCCUCCGCACUGGCGCGGUUUCCCAGAACCCCGGCCCCCCACCCGACCUCUCCGGUGCCCGCCUAGCGCCGACCGCUCGCCCACCACCCUUCUCGUAGGGGCACGCUCGGUGGGCGGAAGGGAGGAGGCAGGUCCCGUUGUCCUGGUCCCGGGCGCCCGACGGUUUCCCUGCCGCUCCGCCCCUGCCAGGCCCUCAAGUCGCCAGAGGAGCAAGGAGUAAUUUAUCUUUGCCUGGCGCGGGUUGGGAUUUGUCCGGCUCUGAUGCCAACCAGGAAGGCGUGCAGAUAACCAAAAGUCCUGACGUCCUAAUAUCACCAAUUCUAAGUUCUGGGAACAUUGAUCCGGAAGAUUCCACAGUUAGGACCAAGGUAAGGAAGGGAAGAG